AUGUGGCGCCUGCUGGGUGCCUUGAGUGCUGGGCGAGCGGCCCUUGCGAUGGUUCGAGGCGUGGCGCCAGAUCUGCAAGGGCGAUACAGCGGAGCCACCUUCCGGUGCGGAAGCACCACCACGGAGGUGCAAAUCGCAGAGGUAAACGACGAUUUUUGCGACUGCCCAGACGGAUCAGAUGAGCCAGGAACUGGAGCCUGCGCUGGUGCCUCUGAGGCUCUCUUCCAUUGCAGCAAUGCAGGCAGCGCAGCGCGGCUGGUCUACGUGUCCAGGGUCGGGGAUGGAAUCUGUGACUGCUGCGACGGCUCUGAUGAGGAAGCCUCGCGCAGUACUCGAUGUCCGAACACUUGCCGAGAAGAAGGUGAGCGCCUGCAAGCCGAGCGGGAGCGGAAGUUGAAAGACCUCCGCGCUGGCCUGGAAGUGAAGCAUCAGACCAUCACGGAGGCGAAGCAGAGCCUUGUCCAAAAGCGCGAGGAUCUGGACAGGCUGCUGGCGCAGCUGCCCGAGCUGGAGCUGCGCCUAGGCGAGGCGCGGAAGCGGAAGGAGGAGCUCGAGGCCGUGAAGUUGCAGGAGGAGUGCAAGACCGAGUUGCCAAGGCUGAGGGAGAAGGUGAAAUCCUUGGAAGCCAAAAUCGCAUCCCUGGAGGCGCAGACAAAGGGCGCCGACGCAGGAGCGAGCUCCACGAGCACCACUAGCAAGGUGGUCUCCGAGUAUGCCAAGUGGAUGGAGGGAGCCGAUGCCAUGCAGGAGCCGGAGGAAGAGCCGGAGGAGCCGGAAGAGGAGCAGGAGCCCCCUUCCAAGCGGGAGGAGGUCGAGGCCAGUCCGGAGAAGGCUUCAGGCGACUCGGAGUCGGAGGACCCUGCAGGGAAAGAGCUGAAGGAGCUUGAGGCGCAGGUGAAGUCGGAGCAGGCCUUGCGCGAGCGCCUGGAGCGGGAGCUGCAGGAACUCCCCGAGGAGAUGUUGGGCUUUGCCAGUCUGCGAGACAAGUGCCUGGAGCACAAGACCUCCGAGUACACUUACAAGCUUUGCUUCUUCAAGGAUGCGAAGCAGUCCUUCACCCGCCUCGGCACCUGGAGCGGCUUCACUUCCUCCUCGGAGGCCCUCUUCAAAGAUGGGGACAUGUGCUACGGAGGCCCCGCUCGGAGUCUGAAGGUGGUCUUCGAGUGCGGCGCCGAAGAGGUCGUGGAGGUCAGUGAGCCCUCGCGCUGCACCUACCAGGCCCUGGUCCGGCAUGCGGGCGCCUGCUUGGAGGAACAGGCGGAGGCUGCCGCCCUCCGACACCCCAAGGACGAACUCUGA